CCCAACAACAACUGCCGCCCCAACAACAACUGCUGCUCAAACAACAACUGCGGCCCCAACAACAACUGCUGCCCCAACAACAACAACUGCAGCCCCAACUACAUCUGCAGCACCAACAACUGAUGCCCCAACAUCAACUGCUGCCCCGACUACAACUGCAGCCCCAACAACUGCUGCACCAACAACAACAACUGCUGCCCCAACAACAACAACAGUCCCAACUACAUCUGCAGCACCAACAACAACCGCCACACCGACAACAACAACAACUGAUGCCCCAACAUCAACUGCUGCCCCAACAAAAACCGCCACACCGACAACAACAACAACUGAUGCCCCAACAUCAACUGCUGCCCCGACUACAACUGCAGCCCCAACAAGAACCGCCACACCGACAACAACAACUGCUGCACCAACAACAACAACUGCUGCCCAAACAACAACAACAGUCCCAACUACAUCUGCAGCACCACCAACAACUGCCACACCGACAACAACAACAACUGAUGCCCCAACAUCAACUGCUGCCCCCACCAACAAAAACGCACCAACAACAACCGCAACACCGACAACAACAACAACUGAUGCCCCAACAUCAACUACUGCCCCAACUACACCUGCAGCACCAACAACUGCUGCCCCAAAAACAACUGCAGCCCCAACAACAACCGCCACACCGACAACAACAACUGCUGCCCCAACAACAACAACUGCUGCCCAAACAACAACCGCCACACUGACAACAACAACUGCUGCACAAACAACAACUGCCACACCGACAACAACAACUGCUGCCCCAACAACAACUGCCGCAACAACAACUAUUGCAGCCCCAACUACACCUGCAGCACCAACAACAACUGCCACCCCAACUACAACUGCAGAACCAACAACAACUGCAGCACCAACAACAACAGCUGCCGCCCCAACAACAACUUCUGCCCCAACAACAACUGCAGCCCCAACAACAACUGCGGCCCCAACAACAACUGCUACCCCAACAACAACAACUGCAGCCCCAACUACAUCUGCAGCACCAACAACAACCGCCACACCGACAACAACAACAACUGAUGCCCCAACAUCAACUACUGCCCCAACUACAACUGCAGCCCCAACAACAACCGCCACACAGACAACAAAAACUGCUGCCCCAACAACAACAACUGCUG